AUGUCUGUGCGACGCCUCAAAUGGUACCUGCGAGGUCAAGAACUUUUCCGCGAGGUCCCGACGGACCCGGAGUCAGCCGAUGAACAACUCGAAGGCGAUUUCACAACGGCCUUCGGACCCAACGACCUCUUGAUUGCUGUGAUACCCAGCCGCGACCAAAAGUCUCAGGGCGAAAGGGCCAAACCUGACGUUGCGGAAGCCACACCGGUCACGGUUCAACCGGUCCAACCGGGCAUGAUUCAGCAAGGUGUGAUACAACCGGGUAUGGUUCAGCCGGGAAUGGUUCUGCAAGGUAUGAUUCCACCGGGUAUGAUUCUGCAAGGUAUGGCUCAACCGGGUAUGAUUCAACCGGGUAUGAUUCAACCGGGUAUGAUUCAGCAAGGUGUGGUUCAACCGGGAAUGAUUCAACCGGGAAUGAUUCAACCGGGAAUGAUUCAACCGGGAAUGGUCCAACCGGGUAUGACCCAACUGGGUAUGCUUCAACCGGGUAUGCUUGUUCAACAGGGUACGGCUCAGCCGCUAACGGGACCGGCGGAUGCGGCCCAGCCGGGCAUGGUUCAGCAGGGUACGGCCCAGCCGGGCAUGGUUCAGCAGGGUACAGCCCUGCCGGGCAUGGUUCAGCAGGGUACGGCCCAGCCGGGCACGGGGCCGACGGAUGCGCCCCAGCCGGUGAUGGUCCAGCCGGUUAUGGCCCAGACGGAUACUGUCCAGGCGGGAAUGAUGAUGUACCUACAGCAGAUGAUGGCCCCUCCGAUGAUGAUGUCGCCGUGUAUGUGGCCGCAGGCGGCACAGCCGGGUGCGGUGAUGAUGUGUGCGCAACAGCCGUGGAUGUCUCCGCCGCAAAUGAUGUGUGCACCGUGGAUGUGCCCGCAGCCAGUGAUGGUGUUCCAGGCGCCUCUGGAGGGCCAGGCGCCUCUGGAGGGCCAGGCGCCUCUGGAGGGUCAGGUGGGGACUUCACAAGAAAAGGUUUCGUUGGAGGAGGGCAGUGAAGGGUCGGUGAGCGGCGACGAGGCGUAG